CAGAUUAAAAAAACUCCACGUGUUGAAUGAUAAAAAUCAAGUGUAUCAGACUCCACAUAAUUUUCCUCCUCCAAUUGGUUAAAGUCCUUGAAGAUUAGUGAUCAACCGCAAAUACAACCUACUUGCGCACACAACCUUCUAGCUCAAUAUAUUAUAUAUAUAUAACUUGUACCCAAUAAACCCAAUAAACUCUUACCAUCUUGAAUUAUCAACAUCAACCCUUAACUUUUAUUUUCUCAAAAACCAAAAGAAAAAAAAUGAAGAACGAACUUGGUUGCGAGCUAUGCAGUGCUCCGGCGACGACGUAUUGCGAAUCGGAUCAAGCACGGUUGUGUUGGCACUGCGAUAGCAAGGUUCACAAGGCCAAUUUUUUGGUGGGUAAACACAAUAGAACCCUUCUUUGUCAUCUUUGUCAAGAUCCUACCCCUUGGACCGCAUCCGGUCCUAUACUACCUCCUUCCUUAUCCGUCUGCGUCUCUUGUGCGUCCACUACUUCUUCUCAACAAGUUCAGUCUCCGGUGGUUAACUCCCACCAUGAUGAAAAUGAUGGCGUCUAUGAUAGCUACGACGAAGAAGAGGACGAAGACGAAGACGAAGACGAAGACGAAGACGAAGGAUAUGAGAGUGAUUCGGGAAAUGAUGUGGAAGAGGAAGAAGACGAUAUUCAAGUAGUACCAUUGACAUCAUCUGUACCACCGUCAAGUAUAGCAGAUGAUGAAAAUGAAGACGAAGACGAAGACGAAGACGGAGCCGGAGAUAAUAUAAAUUGUAAUAAUAACGGUGAUGGCCGGAUUUCAUCAAUGUUACCAUCAUCUAUGAAACGUAAGCGGCAAUUUUAUUUGCUCUCUUGAUUAAAUAUUACAUCGUAAUAAUAACAGAUCUACUGAUUAUUAAUUAAUUAAUUAAUUUAUUUAUUGUUGUA